UAAUAUAUAUUACAUCCUAAAAUAUUUCUAAAAGCAUCUCACAAUGUCGAACGUGAGCAUAAGCUAUCUAACCAUAUUACUGUUACUUCAACUAUCGCAACGAUGUCAAACCCACGUAACCAAUUUGUCCUGUCACCCGGGAGAUUAUACAUUUCUGGUAGCCGGUGGGCAACGUAUACCAGAAGUGCAAAAUUACACGAGAUUUAUGGUUUCAUUGCGAGCUCGUACGGCUACAAAAUAUUUUGGCGAUAAUCACUAUUGUGCUGGCGUCAUAAUAAGCAUACGUUGGAUAUUGACAUCGGCGCAAUGUAUUGUCUAUCCAUCUCUACUGCCGCGACGUCCACGCACGCUCAUUGUUGUGAUUGGCACCGAGAAUCGCAUUGUAAGUAGUCCAACAACGCGUCUAAUGGCCGUGGAGCGAGUGGUUUCAAAUCCGAAUUUUACGCUGCUCAGCACGAAUGACAUAGGCAUGCUGCGUUUAAAGGCUAAUAUACAGUUAAAUGCACGUGUACAAAUUAUGCCGUUACCAACUGCCCCACCACCAUAUGGUCAACGUUGUGUGGUUGUGGGUUGGGGUAGACUUUAUUUUAAGGGGCCAUAUGCGGCAAUGGUAUCUCACGUCGAACUGGUACUCUACACCGAGGAGAAUUGCAAGAAAAGUCAUCCUCGGUACUCGAAGGGUGAUUUGUGUGCUGGCGAUAAUAUUGGUUUCGAUCACGAUCCAUGUCGUGGUGACGCGGGUGGUCCUCUGAUUUGUAAUGACAAAUUAGUGGCUGUAGUCUCGUGGACUCUUGGCUGUGGGGAAAAAGAGUCCCCUAGUUUAUAUAGCGAUAUAUAUUAUAAUUUGGAUUGGAUUAAAUCUGUAAUGAAUGAACAGGCACGCUUACUGAUUGGGAAAAAAAUUCGAUUCAUUUUAUUGGCUGAGUUUAUAUUGAUGUAUUGUUUGUAAAGC